GUACCUACCAUUAUUAUCCCGAUAACAUCGGGUCAUUUCUUCUAGUAGUAAAUAAUAUUUUUUUUUCCUUUUACUACCGUGGUGGGGACUGAGUUCAAAGGUCAAUUGCCGGGGCCUAUGAAUAAAUACAGAGCAAAGCAAAGGAAGUGGCUUGCAUUUUAAAGACACAGCAGACGCGUUUAGUCAAAACUUGAAAAUGGUCAAUCUUGGAGAUAUAUUUCCUAACUUUUCAGCGGAUACAUCCGAUGGCAGGAUUGAAAAAUUUCACGAUUGGAUUGGAUCAUCGUGAGUAUUUUCCUACACACUUCUUUAUAGCCUUAUUUGAAUAUUUUUAUUGCCAAUUUGGUUUAAACUACUACAUGUAUUUUCAUUUUGUGGAGUAAACUGAACUAAACUGCAAUCUAGUUCUAGACUAGUCACAAAUGAUUUAAUGAACUUUUUAUUUUAUGUAAAGUUGAAACUUGUUGUAAAAUUGGCUAAAAUUAAACUGCAAGGAUAACUGUAGCCCACUCAGUAGCAUUAGUAGCCUACCGGGUAUAUUUCAAGUAGGCCUAAAGUUAAAGUUAAAGCCCAAAUUCCAAACGAAGUGAUUAUUCACAGAGCUGUGCGGAUAACGCUCGCCGUUAUUCACAGAUUUCGGUCUGCCGAUAACGCUAAACGUUAUUCACAGAAUGUGAUACAUUAAAUAAUGAAUAUAAAAUACAAAGUUCAUAUUUACACAUCUCCUCGGUAGUGUAGUGGUCAGUAUCUCCGACCGUCACCCAGCAGACAUUGUAUCAUAGGUUCGAUUCCCCGUCGGGGAAGUUUCAUUUUUAUAAAGAAAAUUUAAAAAAAAAAUAUUUUAAUGGUUAUUUGGUAGUGUUAUAUUAUAAUAAUAUUCUUCCUAUAGCUUUCUUUUUCUGUUCACAUAGUUAUAUUAUUAUUUUCAUAUAGUUUUGUUACUUAUGUUACAAGUUUCAAUCUAUUUUGUUAGAAUGUUCAUUCAAGUUCGUUAAAAAAAUGUAAACAACAUGGACAUGCAGAUCAGCCGCAUAAACCAUGUUUAAGUCAGAUACAGCUGUUCUAACUGUACAUUGUGAUAUACUUUUAGCUCUUUUGACUGUUUAAUUUUCUUUGUAUAAUUCAACUCAUAGAUUUUGACAUCCAUUUGUUUUUUCUCUAAUAAACAAAUACUUAUUAAUAACUUACUUAUUCAAAUAUUUUAGAUAUCAGAGUUGUGCAUUAAUGUUUAGCUGAAAAAAUAUGUCACGUUUUAUUUGUUUCAUUUUAUUUUCUAAUAAGUAUCAUAAUAAGUAGGGACACAAUAUGCCGCUCCAGAAAUAGUUGAAAUAACAUUUAGUGAUGACAAUGAAAUGAACAUACCGGUACCGUACUUAAAACAUAUCAAUAUCAUUGACAUCAACAAUUUUAGCUCUUGUCAAAAAAAUGUUGAUAAUUGAAACAAAAAGCCAUACUGCCACAGUUGUAACUAUGGGUCUAAAUACAAAAAGCCAUACUGCCACUGUUGAAACUAUGGGUCUAAAUACAAAAAAAAGCAUUAAAAAUUUGUUGGAAACUUGCUGGUCGUAGGAUGCAUUGCGAGUCUUGGGGAGGGGAAGAAAAGUUCCCCUUCAGAUCAUAUUGGCCUACCCAUGGGGAAAUUGAAGCUGGGUUUACAAGUUUGAGUGUAUGGCCAGCGCACUAACCAGCCACCUUUACUUUUGACCAGCUAAUGUUGAGUGUAUGGCCAGCGCACUAACCAGCCACCUUUACUUUUGACCAGCUAAUGUUGAGUGUAUGGCCAGCGCACUAACCAGCCAGCUUUACUUUUGACCAGCUAACGCCAGAGCUGGGUAGACUUAGGGACACGCUCAAGGAUGAGGAAAAAAAAAUAGCCUUAAACUUUAACAUUCUGUUAUUAUCAAUGUAGGGCCAAUAUGCCCCUCCCCGUCUCUCACAUGGCCGCCUGAUGCUGCCACCUCUCUGCAUGGGCUAUUCCUGACAGAACAAUUCUUGACUAGGUGAUAUAUCAUAGGGCUUUUAAAACACUAAACGAUACCCUAUCAAGCUUUGACAUCAUUUUAAGACCUCUCUACAAUGGGUGAAAGUGAGUCUACAUGAAGAAUACCGGUACAGGUACAAUUUUUAUUACUGGUAUAAUAUUUAAUAUGAAAUAGGCCUACCAGAAAAUUAGUUAUGUCUAGGAGUAGGAGGUUUGACUGGAUAUAUUAGUAACACUCUAUAGGUCGAAUAGACCCUAUGUUGGCCCCUAACAGAGCAGAUGUAGGCACAAUUGAUUGUCCUAUAUUCAAUAUAUAGGCUAUAGUUAGGCCUAUUAAAUUUUUUAAAAUUUAAUUUGUGCAUAGCUACGGUUAUGAAAUGUGCUUGUGCCAUACUCAUUAAAGAUUCUUUAAAGAUCCAAAUCUCCUACACUACUUAAAACUACACCCCCACCCCAGCUUGGAAUGUCAUCUAGAAAUGUGCGUACUUAUAGGAUAAUUUCUGUCUAACAAUAACGCUCUGCAUUAUAGACCCAUUAAUUAUCACCCAAUAAUAAAUUCGUAUGCGUACAUGGGCGCCUGCACUUAGGGGCAAGUGGGGGGCACUAGCCCCCCCCCCACCCCUUAGAUUGAUUGGAUAGCCAAAAAAAUUUAGACAAAAAAUGUAUUAAAGUAAAGAGAAAAUAAAGAGAAAGUAACUAAGCUGAUGUCCUGUCCGUUCGUUCACCAUACAAAUACGCUACAGUAAUUUACUUUUGACCAGCUAAUGUUGAGUGUAUGGCCAGCGCACUAACCAGCCACCUUUACUUUUGACCAGCUAAUGUUGAGUGUAUGGCCAGCGCACUAACCAGCCACCUUUACUUUUGACCAGCUAACGCCAGAGCUGGGUAGACUUAGGGACACGCUCAAGGAUGAGGAAAAAAAAAUAGCCUUAAACUUUAACAUUCUGUUAUUAUCAAUGUAGGGCCAAUAUGCCCCUCCCCGUCUCUCACAUGGCCGCCUGAUGCUGCCACCUCUCUGCAUGGGCUAUUCCUGACAGAACAAUUCUUGACUAGGUGAUAUAUCAUAGGGCUUUUAAAACACUAAACGAUACCCUAUCAAGCUUUGACAUCAUUUUAAGACCUCUCUACAAUGGGUGAAAGUGAGUCUACAUGAAGAAUACCGGUACAGGUACAAUUUUUAUUACUGGUAUAAUAUUUAAUAUGAAAUAGGCCUACCAGAAAAUUAGUUAUGUCUAGGAGUAGGAGGUUUGACUGGAUAUAUUAGUAACACUCUAUAGGUCGAAUAGACCCUAUGUUGGCCCCUAACAGAGCAGAUGUAGGCACAAUUGAUUGUCCUAUAUUCAAUAUAUAGGCUAUAGUUAGGCCUAUUAAAUUUUUUAAAAUUUAAUUUGUGCAUAGCUACGGUUAUGAAAUGUGCUUGUGCCAUACUCAUUAAAGAUUCUUUAAAGAUCCAAAUCUCCUACACUACUUAAAACUACACCCCCACCCCAGCUUGGAAUGUCAUCUAGAAAUGUGCGUACUUAUAGGAUAAUUUCUGUCUAACAAUAACGCUCUGCAUUAUAGACCCAUUAAUUAUCACCCAAUAAUAAAUUCGUAUGCGUACAUGGGCGCCUGCACUUAGGGGCAAGUGGGGGGCACUAGCCCCCCCCCCACCCCUUAGAUUGAUUGGAUAGCCAAAAAAAUUUAGACAAAAAAUGUAUUAAAGUAAAGAGAAAAUAAAGAGAAAGUAACUAAGCUGAUGUCCUGUCCGUUCGUUCACCAUACAAAUACGCUACAGUAAUGCGGGCGCCCAUGUAUGCGUAUACUGAUUAAGCUAAGUAACUAAGUAUAUUACUUAUACUACAAUUGUGUAUAUACUUUAUACUGCAUAAUAUUUAGUAUAGUAAUAGGCUAUUACUAUUAUACUAGCGGUAUACAGAUAUUACCAUACUAAUAUUAGUAAUAAAUUUGCCCUUUUUUAUAAUUGAUAGUGAAAAAAAUUAGAUAAUAACUCGUGACGGUUCAGUAUACUAAUAGUAAUAUUAAUAGCCUACACCCAACAAUAAUUUUUCACCAGUCUAGUUCUAAUGCAUUAUAUGAUUAUUCGCAGAUUUCGGUCUGCCGAUAACGCUAAACAUUAUUCACAGAGCUGUGUGGAUAACGCUUGCCGUUAUUCACAGAUUUCGUUCUGCCGAUAACGCUAAACGUUAUUCACAGAGCUGUGUGAAUAACGCUUCCCAAUUCCAAAUGAUUUGAAAGUUCAUCAAUAACACUAUUUUUUAGUUUCAGCUUAGCCGUUACUACUACUGACGUUCCUUUUUAAUUAUUUCUUAAAGUCCAAGUCAAAGUGUGACAGUGACAGGCUAUAAAAUACACAAUAUUAAUAUUAUAUUUAUAUGGCAAAUGGACAAUUCGAUAGUUUUUGUUUAUUCAAGCAUCGGUAAAAAAUGGGGACGACUGCCACUAUUUAUUUUAUUGAAUUUCACAAAGUUGACAAAUGUAUCCCUAAAUCGAUCCCUAUGCCUAACCUGAACCCUAAAUCGAUCCCUAUGCCUAACCUGAACCCUAAAUCAAUCCCUCAACCUAACCUAAACCCUAAUUCACUGCAACUAUAAUAAACGCACAAAAGACGCUGUGGCAGCCGUCCUCGGAUUUAGCCCACACAUCAUUAUGACUAUUUAUUAUUAGGGCAUAAAAGACAGUUAAAUCUUAAAAGUAAAAAAAAAUAUAUUAUUAGACCUACUUGACUUCUUGUUUUGGAUAUUUCAUUAAUUUUGUUCUGUAGUCUAUAUUAUUAAUUCUUCUAAAGCCUAAAACUAAAGCGUUUACACUAUCCAAAACUCUAGUCAUAGUCUACCCACAUGCUACCUAUCCACAUUCCCAUCCAUCCCCUGCUUGUAACUUAUCAUAUUGACAGUAGGGUCGCAAAACCGGUCCCGCGCUUUUGCCAAAACCAGAAUUUUCGAUAUUGAAGUUUACAAAUACCGGAAUCCUGGUAGUUUUUAUAUUUAGAGAAUUUUUAGUUGAGAUUAGAGGUGAGAAUUUAUCAAUGAAAUAAAAAAAUUUAGAAAAAAUAUCACAUUUUGAAUUUUAAUAAGCUUUUAAACACACGUUUAUGUUCAGACUUUAAUCAAACGAGCAAAAAUAAUAUGCUUAACUUUUAAUUUAAAUAGUUUUUUUAAUCAAAUAUUAAAAUAAUUGUUGUUGUUUUAACCUUUGGUCAAAUUUAAAUAAUGAAAUCGUAAAAAUGUUUCGUCACUUAACUUUGACCGCAAGUGGUUGCAAAAGUAACCUGAUUAAGAGAACACCCGCUCUGACUCCACACUGGUCGGAGGAAUAGACUUUAGGCUAUCAUAAGCAAUUUCUAGAUAUUUUCCUCUUGAACCGCCAUUCUCAAAUAAAGCCUUUUCUAUUUUUACCAAUGUAUCAAUACCUCCAACCGUUAAUCUAGUAGUACUAUCCUGCCUGAAGUUUCUUUUGUAUUUCAAUUUCUAAUUGUCUCUUAAGCGGCAGUGUUUCUUCAAGUUCGUCAUGCUCAGAUCCAAGAUGUUCAAUUUCAUUGUUCGAGAUAUUUCCAACGAGGAAUCCGCUGUCUGGUCUAGCUUUUGAAUAUCCACGAUAUGUUUUCGGAUCUGGUCGCAAUCUGGCCUUAUAAAUACAUCCAAGUAGUCACUAGAAUGUGCAGACCUUAAAUGAGAGUCAAGGCCUGAAUUUGUAUCUCCCAAUGUUUUAAGUAUAUUGUUACAUCUAAUACAUUUUACUGAGAGAUUGUCCAUAGCUUUCAAGAAAUGAUGCCAAACAGAUGUCUUAGUUUCCGAUAGUUUCAUGUGCUUUUCAAAUUUAGGUUUAUUUUUUUCAGGGUCCCCCAUUUCUUUCUAUCAACCUGGGAAAAUAAACCAUUAACAAAAACUUAUUAAUUCAAUGGAAUUGGUUUGACGUGUACAACUUUUUUUAAUGUUUAAAUUGUCAUGUAAAUGUUUGGCUAAGUACGGUACAGAACGAUUUGGACAUGCAGUCAUGUAAAUUUUGGCUAGGUACUUUAUGGACAAACUGGGAAAUUCAGCCUUAGACAAAAUAGCUCAAAAAUCAAUUAUGAGUUGAAUGUAAAUUAUUAAUAUUGUUAUCACAAAAUAGAAGUAAAAUAAUUUUUCUGUGUCUUAAACUUAAGGUAUUUGAUUAUCAAAAUACGGAUUUACUCAUAUUUUUAAUAUGUAGGUUUUUGGCAUAAUUAAAAGUUGACACCGUGAUUUGAGUGCAACGUCUUAUUAUUUUUUAAAGAAACUCUUAAUGGAGGUCAAAACUUGAUCUUCAUUUAUACUAAUCACUUAUUAAUCAAUAAUAUGAAAACAUUAACCUACCAAUCAUGUACCUUCACGUCAUGACUCGUCUCCACUUACACACUACUCACGCACGGUGAAAAAAACUAAUCACAACGUCAUGAUUCUUGACAAAUAAGAGUACUGGUACACAGAUCUAGCCCGUCGGUCGGCUUUCUUUGAACUUGAGACACAGGGUGUGAUGGAUUUGCACAUCUUAUAAAUUAUUGAUAUGUCUUGCUUUAAAUACGAAGUGGAAACAAACAAAAAAACUAUUUAAAAAAAAAAAAAUUAAAACGGCUUAUUUAUAUCAGAAGUUACUGAAGGCCUGUAAAAUACAAUAGGUAGGAAACAUAUAUAUAUAUAGGUAUAUAUAUAGAUAUAUAUAUAUGUAUAUAUGUGUGUAUAUAUAUAGAUAUGUUUUGCUUGACUGGCCUUUGGCUGAAAUUGAGGUUUGCUCAGUUUAGACCAUUCGGCCACCCAGUCACCCAUGCAGUGAAUGACCAUGGCGUUCUACGUGUCUGGCCAUGUUCUCAGCGAUUCAUACCACUGUGCUGUCUCCCCCUUUUGUCCGUUGACCAAGUAGUGGUUCUUCCGCCCAAUUUUCCGGAUUCACUCUUUACAUGCUAUGGGGGACCUUGGUCGGCAACUCAUCUAAGAGAAGGAAACUCUGAAUUCAAACCCUGAGUUGGAGUCCCGUAAGACGCAUACAAUGUCAAUUCCUGCAACCGUACCCAUCCCUGGUCGUCUUGACGUAGAGUCUUGCCACUGGAUACGGUGGGCUCGGACGAGAGAGUGAAGUUGACGCCGCACAACUCUUCCUCACUUUAAACAAAAGUCACUAGCGCAAGUCAUCAGUCACCAGACGACUCGAUGGUCAUCGUCGAUCCUCGACGGACGAACAAAUAUAGAUAUAUAUAUAUGUAUAUAUAUAGAUAUAGAUAUAUAUAGAUGACAAUAUAAAUAAUAUAUAUAUAUAUAGAUGAUAUAUAUAUAGAUAUAUAGAUAUAGAUAUAUAGAUAUAUAUAUAGAUGAUAUAUAUAUAUAUAUAUAUAGAUAGAUAUAUAUAUAUAUAUAUAUAUAUAUAUAUAUAUAUAUAUAUAUAUAUAUAUAUAUAUAUAUAUAUAUAUAUAUAUAUAUAUAGAGAGAGAUAUAUAGAUAUAUAUAUAUAUAUAUAUAUAUAUAUAUAUAUAUAUAUAUAUAUAUAAAAAUAUAUAUAUAUAUAUAUAUAUAUAUAUAUAUAUAUAUAUAUAUAUAUAUAUAUAUAUACAUAUAUAUAUAUACAUAUAUAUAUAUAUAUAUAGAGAGAGAUAUAGAGAUAUAUAUAUAUAUAUUUAUAUACAUAUAGAUAUAUAUAUAUAUAUAUAAAUAGAUAUAUAUACAUAUAGAUAUAUAUAUAUAUAUAUAAAUAGAUAUAUAUAAAUAGAUAUAUAGAUAUAGAUAUAUAUAGAUAUAUAGAUAUAUAUAGAUAUAUAGAUAUAUAUAUAUAUAUAGAUAGAUAGAUAGAUAGAUAGAUAGAUAGAUAGAUAGAUAGAUAGAUAGAUAGAUAGAUAGAUAGAUAGAUAGAUAGAUAGAUAGAUACAUAUAUAUAUAUACAUAUAGAUAGAUACAGAUAUAUAUAUACAGAUAUAGAUAGAUAUAGAUAUAUAUAAUAGAUAUAUAUAGAUAUUGUAAAUUUAAUUUAUACUUAAAUAAUUGGUGGGUUUUUUUUUGGUUUGAUGAAUGUUUGCUUUUGUGUUCUGUGUAAUCAUUAUUAAAGCUUAACCAAUAUCGUUUUAUUUACACAAAUUGUUAGUCUUAUUAAUCAACUUGAAAGCUUUAUCACAGUCCAACACUCUUAAAAUAUAAAAUUUAAUUUGAUCUUGCUACUAACUUAUUCUGCAAAUGUAACGAGCAUGGUAAAUGUUUUAAGCAUAUUUCAUACUAGGUGCUAUUUUAGUAAUAAGUUAAGUGUUUAAAUACAGUAGAAGCUUUGUAAUAACUCAAAAUCGGGGAUAGCAUUGGGUCAUGGCAGGGCUCCUGAUGUUUAUUAUAUUAAUUCACAUAUAAAAUAUUUUUGUUUUAAGUAAUGCAUAUGAAAAAAAGUAAUCUAUAUGAAAAAGAGUAAAAAAAUAAUUUAAUUUAAUUUUGGGAUGAGUUCCCAUAUUAAUUUGAAUAUAAUAAAAUACAGCAAUAGCUGACAUCCUUUUAGAAAAGUUUUUAAAAAUUAGCACAAUUUCAUACACAGUGAGGCAGAAGAUAAAGCAGUGGUUGAUAAAAAGAUUCAAACAAUUUAAUAACCAUCAAAGAAUGAAAGCCACCAACAUGGGGCUGAGCUUUCCUGUCUUAUUAGAUUCAAACAGUUGAAGUUUUAAAAAGUGUGCUUUAUUAGCUUUAAAAAUAUCUAUACUAUUCCCAUGGAAUCACGGUUUCUCAAAAGACCAUUAUGGUGUUUAUGUUUGUGGGCGUUUCAGUCACAUUUGGGAAAUAGUAAUAAUGGCAGGGUUAGGUGAGAUAUAUUGCAAAACUCCCCAUUAUCACGAUCUGAUUUAAUGGACCUCAAUAAUUGCUUUAUUGUGAUGUUUCACUGUAUAAGGUAAGGUUUCAAGUUUUCUUUUCAUACUAUCAAUUUCAAAGAUAUUGGAAAGUCAGUUAUCAAUAGAAAUAUAACUUAAAUCAACUUAUUAAAAAUUAAUAUAUAAUUUUUUUUAGAUGGGCGAUUCUUUUCUCUCACCCCGCUGACUAUACCCCAGUCUGCACGACAGAGUUAGCGAGAGUAGUAACCCUAGAACCAGAGUUUAAGAAGAGAAAUGUAAAACUUAUCGCUUUGUCUUGUGAUGGUGUUGAAAGCCACAUAGGAUGGAGUAAAGUAAGUGAGCUGUUGCUUUUACUAUUUUCUCUAUAGGCUGCUUAAAAAAGAUAGCUUAAAUAAAAGAUUUAGAAGUUAUUUAAGGGACUGUUCUCAUUUACUAAUUUAAAUAGCAGCUUUUAUGGGUUCUCUCUACAACCAUUUAUAACCCCUACUUCAGUCAGACAUCAUUGCACAUAUUUUUUAUAUCUACAGCAACUGUUCCCAUAUCCUGGUACAUGAAAUUUCCAGUUGUGUUAGUCAUAACUUAUUUCUAUGCUCCUUGCAGAUAGUACUUUGGUCUAUUUUUAUUUUUUUAAACUUCAUCAAGCAUAACUUAUCCUUGUCAGAUCCUUGUUGUUUUGUAAUGUUUUAAUAGCAAACUUUAUAUGUGUUACCUUUGCUAUACUUAAAUCAUGUAUGGUAAUUAGUUGCUGUUCAGUUCUGGAUUAUAAAAAUGCUCCUUAAUGAUCAGAGUAAAAAAAAAAGACAUAGAAAAAAAUCAUUAUCUUGAAAACACAACCUUGAAACAAAGCCAUAAUCUUUCUUGUUUUCAUAUAUUUUUUUUAUUUUAGACUAUACAAGUAUUCUAUAUUGGACUAUUUAUUAACUGAACUUUUAGGACUAGAUUAUAACCAAGAAGAGCUUUAUUUAAACUACUGUAUUUAUCUUUAAAAAAUUAAUGAAAUUUACUUUUUAUCUCUUGUUUAUACUUAAUGUCCUAUUAUGUUCUAAAAUAAGAGCAAUUCAAAUAUGAUUUGGCCAAAGCAUUUAAAUAAUUAGCUCCAUCCAGAAAAGGGAAACUGACUCCUUUGUAUUUUACUUUUUAAAGUUCUUCAUUGGUGGAUCUGUGAUAUUUGGCUGUAAAAAAAUUUCAAUAAAAUAUUAACUGUUUUUCAGGAUGUACUUGAGUAUGCAAAAAGUACGGCUGAUAAGCUUCCAUACCCAAUAAUUGCAGAUGAAAAUCGUGACUUAGCUGUACAGCUAGGUAUGAUUGACCCAGAUGAGAAAACCAAAGAGGGGCUCCCUCUUACAGCAAGAGCAGUGUUCAUUAUUGGACCAGACAAAAAACUCAAGCUUUCCAUUCUUUAUCCUGCAACAACAGGACGAAAUUUCAAGUGAGUACUAAUGUAGAUUGUAGAGUAUGAUCACAUGCUUAGAAAACUGUAAUGAAACAAUUACAAGUAACUGAAUGUUUUGUAAAAUAAACAACUUUUUCAUUCAGAAAAAAACAUUUUAGAAAUCAACAAAUAGUUGGCAUUUUCUUUUAAGACAUGCAAACAAAAAACAACCAAACGUUUUCUGAAAUUCUCUAACUCAUCAAAAUAUUAUAAUUCCAAUUUUAAGGCUCACAGCAAUAAAUAAUUCCAAUUUUAAGGCUCACAGCAAUAAGUAGGAUUAAUUUUAUUAUAAAAACUGGACAUUUUAAACUUCCCCUUAUAUUUCAUUUGCAUUUUUCAGUGAAAUUUUAAGAGUGAUAGACUCACUGCAACUGACUGCCACCAAGAAGGUAGCCACCCCAGUGGAUUGGAAAAGUGGGGAUAAAUGCAUGGUUUUGCCAUCAAUACCUAAGGAUGAGGCAAAACAGCUUUUCCCUGAUUUAGAGCUUCAUGGACUCCCUUCGGGCAAGGAGUACCUGCGUUUCACACCACAGCCUUAAAAAAAUAUUUAGUUACAAAAUGCAAUCAUUUCCAUUCUGUUACUUUUAACUAACCACACAUUUUUGUUUCUAUAUAUUUUUUAAUUAAAUUUCUAUUUACUUUUUUGUAAAAAUCUGCGACCAAAAUGAACAUGAUUUUUAUAAUUAUGUAAUAUCAUAAUAAUAUCAUCAUGCCAUAUCAACUUGCAUCUCUUAAAAUAUUUGUGUGAUUUUAUUAAUUUAUCACAAUUUAUUAGAAAAAUUUACUUGAUUGGCUUGCUUUUGUUUUGAAAAAAUAUGCUUCGUUUUGUUUUUUAAAUAAUUUUUUUAUGCAUGAGUUACACAUAAAGAUUACAUAUUAGGCUUUAUCUACCACCAAUUUUUACCUGCACAGAUAAGUGUUUUUAGUUUUGAAGGUGAUAUUGUAAUUACUUGAACUGAUUUUCUUCAAGGAUAUAAUUUUUUUUAAUUACAUGUUGCAGUGAAUAUAAGUUUAAUAAGUAGGCUAUUUGAAAUUGUUACUGUUAAAAGAUUUUUUUUGAAAAUUAUGUUGAAAAAUAAAUGCUGAAUUUGCUGGAUCAUCUCCUUUUUGUUGAUUUCAGUAAGAUAAGCUUUGGGAAACAGGUGUGAAGAAAUUUGAUUGCAAUAAAUAAUUUAUUAACCAUUUCAUAUAUUUUAUAAACACAACUUAAUGAUUAAUUC